ACCCUGUGUUUUCCUUUUCGUUCCCUCACUCGCUCCCUUCCUUCCCCCCUUCCCUCCCCUCCCCUCUUCUCCCCUCUUCUCCCCUCUUCUCCCCUCUUCGCUUCCCACUUCGCCUCACACAUACCCCACUACUCAACAUAUCAUAGUCUUUCCGCGAGCCGCGACUCUGAAACGACUCGUGCUUCAACCCUUUGGCCGAGAUGUCAUUUACCGCCAUUAACUCCGUGGCUGGUGGGGCGAAGAAAGAUACGGGCAGAGGUGCAGGCAAAGGAACCAGGGAUAGCGAUAAGAUGACAGCUAAAGAUCAAGGCAAGGAAGAUCAAGCCAAGGAAUUGCCAGCGGAAAAGGAAAAUGAGAAUGAAGAGCAAGAGAGAGAUGCAUAUAUCAAAUUUCUCUCAGGAAAAUAUGGUGAAUAUCCUUCAUCUCAAUGCGUUCUCUUUGCCCCCCCCCCCACCCCCCUCAAUUGGUGCCUCAAUUAAAUGUUGAUACUAAACUCAAAAUCCAUACUAUAGAUACACUCGACUCCGAGCUCACUCUUUCACUUAAGAAGUCAACGUCUUACCUUCUCCUUCGCCACAUGGUUAUCCGCAGAUUUAUCAAGGUGUAUGAACCAGACGAGAAAGGAAAGCAGUUUCAGACGUUCUGUUGCCAUUGCGACAAGGUCUGGGGGCCUUACGAUAUGCAUAAUACUACUACGAGUUAUUUGAUUAGGCAUUUCUCUAUCGAUCACCCCGAUCUGCCCAAAACGUAUCCCGAGGAGGAUGCGCUUCUUCGUCGCCAGAUGCAUGGGGUUGUCGAGGACCCAGCAGAUUCUAAGGACAAGAACGCCAAAGACGCAAAGGGAAAGGGCAAAAAGAGAGGUGGUAGAAACAAGGCUGUUGGAUUGGACGAAGCGAAGGCUGGUGAAGAGGGUUCAAAAGGCGGCGCCAGAAAACUCGAGAAGAACAAGAGGGGUAGGGCAAUUGCGGAGCCCGAGACUCCUGUUCAAUUGAGGGCUGCGGAAGUUAAUGCAGUUUCUACCAAGUCCAGGAGUGAUGAGGCCCUUGCCUCUCUUCGAAAAACCCGCUCUGGGAAGAGAACUGGACAACCCGAAAAUAUCUCUGCCGCUGGUAUCAAUCGUGAUCCCCCCGACACACACCCCGCUCGCAAGCGCAGAAGAACCGAGACCUCCGCGGCCACUAGUCGCAAGCAUAAAACCCCCUCAGUUGAAAAAUUUCUAGCGGAGGCAGACCAUACCCUUUCUACCCUCCUGCCCCCGGAGAAUGAUUCAGGUUCCCUCCCUCCUCCCCCAGCUACCCAACGCUCCACCGCUACCACCGCCCUCCCGGCCCCUUCGUCUUCCGCCACCCCCUUCGUCCCCACCGCCAUUGACUCCACAAUUCCGCAAACUCCUUUCACCCAAUCAUACAAAAACCUCUUGACCGAAUUUCUCGCCUCGAGCGAGACCUCUCCCAGUGUCAUUGAGACCAAAGAAUUUCAUGAUCUAGUCAACUUUCUCAACCCGGAGACUCCUAAGUUCAACUUUAACAUCUUGUUCGACGAAGUCUUUGUUCGUCAGAGGGAAAUUCGCACUGACAAGCGUGAGAAGCCCGAUGGGAGUGUUCGUACUAAGAAGUUUGAAGACUCCCUUAAGAAGGAGAAGGAAAAGAGAAGAAAGAAGGAGGAGGGAUACAGAGCUUGGCUGUUUCGCGACUAGAUGGAUAAAUUGCUUACAUAUUCAGGUUUGGAGAAUGGAUGGGAUUUGAAUGCGGGAGAACAAAUGUAUUAUUAUGCGCAGCUUUUUUUCUCUUCCUUUUGUUUCUCAUUUCUUUCCUUUCCCUUCCUUUCCUUCUUUCAUGUAGGUUUUUUUUUGAGGUUUAGUCUAGUUUGUGGUUGAUUGUUUGCUUUGUAUGUAGGUUCCCGAUCGGGGGGAUUUAGUAGCUUGCUUACCUUACUUUCCUACUCUACUUACUGCUAUCUAUACUCUUGCUUUCCUUUUUGUUUAUUUAACUUUUGCGCUUAGUUACAUGUCUUGCGUUGUGUUUUAACUCGGGGUCUGCGUUUUCACUUUGCACUCUUUACUCCUUGCUCUAUUUUAUUUGCACCCACACCCGGGACCCGCACCGUCACACGCGAGUGAGAGGUGGUGACAUUCAACUCGGUCCUUGAGAUGGGUCAGAUAAUUGGGCGGUGCUACUAUAUUCAUACAUGCCGUGCAGUAUAUUAGUCAUUUACAAUGGGUUUCGGAAUUUCCGGUACUGUGGAGUCAGUGUUUUGCAUAGCGUGGCGCAGUGUAUAAUAGUAGUGCAGCCGGACACCACACAUCAUGAGGAUCUGUUGGGGUUGGCUGGCUUUAUUCGUUCAAGCAUGAGAGUGAGCAGUGUACAGUACCUCUUUGUGUAAAGAACUGAAGCCGUUGCGGGUGGUAUAUAGUACUGAACCAAACUGAAUCGGAUUGUAUGGCAUCUUGAAGAAAUAUUGUCU